GAGGCGCGUGCCCUGUCUCAGUAGCGUCGGGGCUGGCGCGCGCGGCGAAUCUUAACAUUGCGCUGUUUGCCGGCGCCUCUGGGCCACCAGUUUCCUUACCUUCCACCCUGGCGCCCCCCAGUCCUGGCUCCCCAGCCUCGCUGCCCCGGGCGUCCACGCCCUGCGGGCUCAGCGGGCUCAAUCUGCGCAGCUCCUCCUCCAUGUUGACUAAGCCUCUGCAGGGGCUGCCCGUGGCCCCCAUGACCCCCACGCCGCCGCCAGGAGGCAAGGAUCGAGAAGCGUUCGAGGCCGAGUACCGACUCGGCCCCCUCCUGGGUAAGGGGGGCUUUGGCACCGUCUUCGCAGGACAUCGCGUCACAGACCGACUCCAGGUGGCCAUCAAAGUGAUCCCCCGGAAUCGCGUGCUGGGCUGGUCCCCCUUGUCAGAUUCAGUCACGUGCCCACUGGAAGUGGCACUGCUAUGGAAGGUGGGUGCAGGCGGUGGACACCCUGGUGUGAUCCGCCUGCUUGACUGGUUUGAGACACCAGAGGGCUUCAUGCUGGUCCUCGAACGGCCUCUGCCUGCCCAGGAUCUCUUUGACUACAUCACAGAGCAGGGCCCUUUGGGCGAAGGCCGAAGCCGCUGCCUCUUUGCCCAGGUAGUGGCAGCCGUUCGGCACUGCCACGCCCGUGGAGUUGUCCAUCGUGACAUCAAGGAUGAGAACAUCCUGAUGGACCUCCGCCGGGGCUGCGCCAAACUUAUCGAUUUUGGUUCCGGCGCCCUGCUUCAUGAUGAACCCUACACUGACUUUGAUGGGACAAGGGUGUACAGCCCCCCAGAGUGGAUCUCUCGUCACCAGUACCAUGCACUCCCAGCCACUGUCUGGUCCCUGGGUAUCCUCCUCUACGACAUGGUAUGUGGGGACAUUCCCUUUGAGAGGGACCAGGAGAUUCUGGAGGCUGAGCUCCACUUCCCUGCCCACGUCUCCCCAGACUGUUGUGCCCUAAUUCGCCGAUGCCUGGCCCCCAAACCAUCUGCUCGACCCUCACUGGAGGAGAUUCUGCUGGAUCCCUGGAUGCAGACACCAGCUGAGGAUGCAGCCCUCAACACUCCCAAAGGGGGUUCCACCCCUUUGGCCUGGUCCCUACUGCCCUAAUCCUGGCCAGGGCCCCCACUAGUUGGAAUAGCCAUCCCAUGGCCAUGCCACAAGGGAUAGAUGGACAUCUGUUGAUCUGGUUCUACAGGUCAUUAAAAAUCCAGUGUUAACUAGGGUCAGAGAUUGGGGAUCAGAGAUCAGAAGACAUAAGCCAAGUUUGCCCAGUCCCCAUCCCAAUCCUGCUAAGGAGCCUUCCUCCCAGAACGUAUGGUCUCUUAUUUUGGAGGGGGUCCUUCUUUGCUUCUCAUUUUGCUAAGGGUGUUUAUUUGGUUUAAGUUACUUCUGUUCUGAGCCCCCAGGAUUCUUGUUCUGAUGAGUAGUAACCCCUACACUGGCACCUCCCACUACCACCACCCAAACUUAGUUCAAAUGCUCUGACUUGGGCAAGGGUGCUUUCCUUCCAGUACCCCAGCAGCUCUUAUUUUAGCAAAGGGACCCUUUCCCUUAGUCUAGGGUCCCCUAUUCAGUAAAGCUGCUUGCCUACCUCA